GAGGCACGUGCCAAGGUCCCCAAGGCACUUUCGAGUGGUUAGAGUCACUGGGCGGCGGAUUUCGCGAUAAUAAAUACCAUUUUCUGGCGGUAAAUCGUCGAAACAAUCGGGAUUUUCGCAAUAUUUAUCAUUCGAAAUGGUUGUGGAGCAUCAUGUUGAGGGUUACGAGCCCUUCUUCAAGUUCAUGGAGGACCUGAAGCCCCAGGGGCAGGUCAUUGUCCUCUACAGUGGCAGCAAAUUACCUAGUGGACACAGUUGGUGUCCUGAUUGUGUCGAAGCUGAACCGUUCAUUGAGAAAGGACUCAAAGCUGCUCCUGAGAAUGUACAUUUCGUUCAUGUUGAUGUGGGGGAUAGAGCAUUCUGGAAAGACCACAAUUGCCCGUUUCGCUCUAAUCCAAAGACGAAAUUGAAUGUUUUGCCGACAUUAUCGUUAUGGGGCACUCAAAAACGUCUGGAAGGUGAUCAGUGCCUCGAUGUGGGCCUUAUCGAAAUGCUCCUCGAUGAAGACGAUUAGAUUACGAUAAGAUGAUUUGUGAUACUCAUGUACAUUUCCAUUUUCUACUCAGGAGAAUUAAAACACGGUGAAACGGAAAAGGAGUCUUAAUAUUCUCAAGCCCUAAUUCAAUCCCUGAACCCGAAAAUUU